AUGGCACCGAAAACCAGUGGAAAGGCCGCGAAGAAAUCCGGCAAGGCCCAGAAGAACAUUUCGCCGCUGAAGCCGCUGCCGCAGCCCUGCUGUCUCGCCAGCCAAGGCCAAGAAGCCAAGGGCCCUAAGGGACAGGGCAAGCCAAAGAAGCCAUCGACCCACCCCGGUGAACGAUAUGGUGGUUGCUGCUAUCAAAACCUGAAGGAACGGAACGGAUCCUCCUUGGCAGGCCAUCAAGAAGUACAUUGCUGCCAACUACAAAUGCGAUUUCGCCAAGCUUGCCCAUUCCUGAAGAAGGCGCUGAAGAAUGGUGUCGAAAAGGGCAAGUUUGUCCAAACCAAGGAACUGGUGCCUCCGGAUCGUUCAAACUGA